AUGUUACUUCGAUACUGCAUUGCAUUGCUGCUAGGCUCAUUAGCCUACGCCUGCGUUCCCCGGGACAUUGACAACACCAACGGUCCGUUUACUAUUGGCAAUGACGGCCCAGCACCUGCAGCGACUCUUGGCUUUGCCAUCAACCAUAUUGGUCUUGUAACAAAGAACCUCACUGGGAUGAAACAUUUCUACGGAGACAUUAUGGGGAUGCGACUUCUCUUCGAUGCCCACGUGACGCCCGAGUUCACCGUGACCUAUAUGGGGUUCGCUCAAGGCGGACGAAACGGCACUGGAUACCAGACCGGAGCAGAACUUCUACGCGACAAGAACAACCUGGCCGGCCUCAUUGAGCUCGUACAAUUCAACGUGUCGGAUGAUAAUCCACAGGCGUCGACCCAACGCACCAACACCUUUGGUCAUGUCGGACUCAUUGUGCCAGACAUUAAAAAGGCGGAAAAAUAUUUCGAAGAGAAGGGGGCUACGAUCAUUAAGAAAACGGGGGUUCCUAUUACGGCGCAUACGGGCCGGAUGCAGAACGCAUUUGGGAUUGGUGAGUUUGCGGGUGAGCAUUUUGCGGCUAAGGAGGCUCUUGUCAAGGCGCAGAGUAUUAUUGGGUUUGAGACAUUUUUGGUUCUGGAAGACCCUGAUGGGAACUUGGUGGAGAUUCAGCAGCAAGACGCUUAA